AUGGAGAUCCAGGACCAAGUGGAUCUCUGUUUUCCACAUCUCCUCAACACAUCCUGCAGGAAGCCCACACUUCACUGGUCUGAAGCUGUGCUCCUGAACAUUCUGCUGUCGUCCAUCUCUGUGAUUACGGUGGUUCUCAACCUGCUGGUCAUCAUCUCAGUCUCCCACUUCAGGCAGCUUCAUACACCCACUAACAUCCUCCUCCUCUCUCUGGCUGUGUCAGACUUUCUUGUGGGCCUGCUGUUGAUGCCGGUAGAAAUCUUUAGGAAAACAGCCUGCUGGGUGUUUGGGGAUGCUCUCUGUUCUCUUUAUGGAUUUCUGACUUGCAACAUUGUCUCUGCCUCGAUAGGAAACAUUCUGCUCAUAUCAAUUGACCGUUAUGUGGCUAUUUGUUACCCUUUGCAUUACCCCACCAGAGUCACUGUGACAAAAGUGAAAAUCGGCGUUUGUCUGUGCUGGGUUUGUUCUUCUUUCUACAGCAGUUUUUAUGUGAAGGAUGUCCUGACUGAACCAAACAAGACUAAAUCCUGCUAUGGAGAGUGUAUGCUGGUUGUGGACUACAUUACAGGAAGUGUUGAUGUUGUUUUAUCCUUCAUUGUUCCCAUUACUGUCAUCAUAAUUCUGUAUCUGAGAGUAUUUGUGGUGGCUGUGUCUCAGGCUCGUGCCAUGCGCUUUCAUGUUACAGCUGUCAAAGUCCAGGUUUCACUGACUGUGACAAGAAAGAAAUCAGAGUUGAAAGCAGCCAGGACUCUUGGUGUUCUGGUAGUUGUAUAUCUCAUAUGUUACUGUCCUUAUUACUGUUACGCUGUUUUUGAGGACAAUGUGCUUAAUACUACAUAUGCCUCUUUUCUGAUUCUAAUGUUUUAUUUCAAUUCUUGUCUAAACCCUGUGAUUUAUGCACUGUUUUAUCCCUGGUUUAGAGGUGCUGUUAAACUCAUCGUCACUCUGCAGAUACUGAAGCCUGGCUCCUGUGGGGCCAGCAUAAUGUAG